AUGUUACUGUCCAGUGUUCCCAGCGUUGCAUGUUUGAACCCCCUGGAGGAACCUAUCCCGGAAACGGUGAAGCCAGCACAGCCAGCACCCAAAAAUAAAAGGAAGAAUGCUGCAGGUGCAUCGGAGAGUGUGCCUGUUCCGAUGAAGAGGCCUAGUUCUGCAGCGCGCACAGUCGGUGAGGACAAAAAAGAGAUGGGUGCAGUCUUGAAGAAUAGUGGUGUUGCAGCUCCUGCAACAGCGCACGAAAAAAAUGAUGAAGAUGACCAGGACGAGGUGGACGAGACGCCUGGUGUGAUGAAGAGGCCUUCUGCACUCCAGAAACCUUCGUUCACAGGCAGGGGGGAUGCCAAGAAGAAGGCCCACACGAAGGACCAUCAGAAGAAGGCUGGCAAGCCUUCUGACGUUACCUACCACAACCCUUCCUGGCAUAAAGCUUGCAACAACUGGCAAUUGAAGAGCAGCCAUGGGUACAUCAUGUCGGUUGGCAGUUCUUUGGUUAAGAAGGAGGAUUCCCAGAAAGUGGCUGACACCUUGCUCCAAAAGCUGAAGCAAGGGGUGAAGCUGGCUGAUGUGAGGGCCAUGGGAGCCGAGAUGAUCAAUGUCUUGCGGGAGAAGGCCGUGGUUGCAAAGCACCGUGGGGCAGAUGCAGGCCCAGAGGGAAAAGCUGGCUCUGUCAAGAAGCUUACGGAGUCUGAGCAGCUGAAGGUACCUGAGGAGCCUGAGAAAGCCGAGGAAGCCGAGAAGGCCGAGGAUGAGUUGGAGGAGGGCGGAGAAGAGGAGCCGGAGAAGGUAGAUGAUGAGGUCAUAGAAGCGGGCGCUGCUGCUGCUGCUGCUGCUGCUGCUCCUGAGGAGUCAUUUUUUGACGACACCCAAAGGGAUGUCGACUUGUCCAGACUUAGAGAUGGUGGUGCGGAGAGUUACAACAUUCAUUGUGCAGUGGCGCAUUGCCCUGUGAUUUUUUUCCUUGCUGCAUCGCAGCCAGAAAAGCAAGUUUGGAACACCUGGCACCCAUAG